AUUUUAAAAUGACAUCAAAUGAUUGUGCAUAAGCAUUCAGUCAUUAAGUAAACGCAAACAAUUCCGGUGGGAUCAGCCAAUAAGAUUUGAGGGGUAUUCGGGUCAGAGAAACGAAUGAAAUGUCCGGAUUUUCCCUUGGAAGCCCACUCCGAGAUUAAGAAGGUAGAGAGGGAAGGAAAGGCGUACGAAACAAGGGAGGGAAAAGGGAAUAGGAAAGAUACAACUUGUAUAGAUAAAAACAAAGAGAAAAAAAAAAAGGUGAGUUCUAGGGAGCAAUUGAUGACUAAAAAGAACAUCAAAAAACAAACCUAUUCGUAUGAGGGGAACGAUGCUUGUAGCCUAGUAUACGACGAUUUAUGACUUUAGAGGUUGAUGCAAUCAAUGGAUUGGACGAGUUCCAUGGUAAGAAAAAACCAAAUAACCAGCUAUCCGAUGAGGAAGGAAAUAAGGUAGGAAUCACGAAAAAAAAAAAAAAAAAAAAAGGAACUCAACAAUAUGUGAAUCGUAAAUAUUGACAAAUCCAAUUCGGGCGGGCCGAAGGGAAGGAAAAACCCGAAAAAGAAAGCAAAACUACUUUUGCUUUUUUUCCAUUCCGGGGAUUUCGGGAUUUUUCCAGCUACUUUUCUUAACGAAUAGUUCGGUUGGAUUUAAAUAGAAAAUAGGAAUUUUGCUUUUAUUUUACUGGUCAGGGAGGCGGUUUUGCUUUUACGCGAUAGUAAUUAAGCCUCGUAAUGCAGAUUUGGUCGUUUUUUUUUUUUUUCUCGCUCUGCAUCUUUCCAUCUGCUUUUUUCUUCGUUCGCGAUCCGAAAUCGCAGUUCCAUUACGCUAGGUUUUGUCCCCUUCGAAUGGGGGUUUACCUAAUCUAACCGAACAAGAAAAAAUUUUGCAAUUCGUAAAGCUCGGUCGGACGGUCGGCUGAAGGCUUAGUUAAACAGGGUUCCCUUAGCGAAAGUGUCAUUUUCAUCUAGGAAAAGUACAUCAUGGGUAAUGAUGUUAUGCGGCAAAAGGUUAGGCCUUUCUCCACACCAUUCGUCCGUUACGAGUUUUACACGUGCCUAAGCGUUGUGAAAACGUUAUGCGGUGAAAAAGACCAAGUGCUUAGGAGCACAAAACGGAAGUUGAGUAGCGAUACCUUAGGAAGCUUGAGGGCAUUGACAAGUUUGAUACACAUGAAAUAAAUUAUCAAUUAAUAUAAAAUCAGGGGAAUCAUGGUUUGUCAUAAGAUUCUUGUCGAUAGAUAGAGGUGAAUGCGUUCAACCUUUUUUUUUUAUUUCCCCCUAGUUUGUUUCUCCUCAGUUUUUGUUUGUUACUUACCUCUUACUAGGUUCUCCGGUAAUCACAUCUAUUUGCUUUUCCUUAACCUUAAUGACGCCGUUACUCCAUUUAUCCUCUUUUGGCUUAACCCCUUCAUUUGGCUUCCCCUCGUGGGUCUACGUUUGUUGCACAACGUUCGUAAAUGACUAAAUAUUAGCCGUAAGGAAUCAGAGAUAAGAAAAGAUAAACAAAAAAAGGGGAUCUCACAAGUUCCUGUUCCUCUCUUUUCAACCCACUUCAAACCCCCCAUUUCAAUAGAUGGUUGAUAUGUAUUUUGGUGGGUGUGAAGAAUCGCUGUAUAAUUACUGAUUGAAUGAACCACUUUUUUUUUUCUUCCUUUAUUUACGAUGAACGUUUUUCAUUUUUUGUUGUUCGCUUUAUGAAGUUUUCGGCUUUUCUCCAAGUCCUCCAUUCCAUUUUACUUUAGUUGCUUCGAUACGGGAAAGUUUAAUCGUUUGAUAUGGGUCCCUUCUUUGCACGUAACAUAUGCUUUUUACGAAACAAAUUACUUCAAAGCCCUUAUUUGUUUAAUUAAUGACUGAUUAUUUGAUUUUGUUCUUGUGUUUCUAAUGAAACGGGAAUGAGCACACUAAAAUCUAGUAAUUAGGACGAUUUGCCUCUGAUCAUCCUUUUAAGGAUGAAUCGACGCGUUCAUGUGAUUACAAUGUGUUCUUAAAGGCUUUUUUAAUUUUCCGUUGUUUGUUGUGCGAUUUGUUUGUUUACUAUUUAGCACUUUUCCUCGUGUUACUUUCUAGUGCUUACUACGGCGUUAUGGUUCGUUAACCCCAAAUUGUUGGGUGUUUUUAUAUACCCUUUCCUCUACAUAAACAUGAAAAGUCACUAACGCAUGGGCCUAUGAUUCAGACGUUUCUUCGCGUGAAAAGGGCACCUCACCAAAAGGAGGAUGCCUCCCCAACUUACGGGUUUGUAACAAUUCUCAAUGACGACGAAAUUAUAUUAGAGUCUCCCGAAGACUCUCAUGCCUUUCGUGUCUCCAAAGCAAAAACCUCCGAAAAAACUUCUUUCUCCAAAGUUUUCUCGCCUACCUGCUCACAAUGGGAUGUGUUUGUCUCCAUCUGUGCUCCCUUGCUAUCCAAAUCUCUCUUUCACAUGCAUGAUGCUCUCUUGUUUACUUUGGGCGUCUCUGGCGCCGGUAAAACCUAUACCCUCUUUGGACCGCAAGAUCAUCCGGGUGUCGUUUACCUUGCCCUCGAUGCCCUCUUUUAUAACAUACGUGGCCGUGAGGCUAGUUUUCCAGUCGUUGAAUCCCUUCGUUCAAAGCUCGAUAAGUGUAAGAUUCUAGAGGGUUCCAAGUAUCUUAAAAAUGAACCUUCCUUUCCAAUUAAUGUCCCCUCUCCCGACUCUUAUGCCUCCCUUUUUCCUGAGAAACCUGAUCAGUCUUUUCAGUAUGCCAUUUAUCUCUCUUUUUCUGAAAUAUAUAACGACCGUAUCUUUGACUUACUUGAAAAAUCCAGCUUCUUUGGUCAUCGCCAUGCUCUUUCUUUGAAAAAGUCCACAACUUCUGAUAAAAAGUCUGUCGCUGGUAUUCAAAAGGUGUACGUGGCUGAUCCACAAGAAGCUUUCCGACUCGUCUAUAAAGUCCUGCAAUUACGGAAAUCGACUUCUACAAAGUCAAAUUCCGUGUCCUCUCGCUCUCAUCUUGUCGUCUCUAUUGAGCUGUUUCGUUUGCAACCUGCAAAAAAUCACAUAGAAAGCUGUCAACUUGACUUGGUCGACCUCGCCGGCUCUGAACGAACUCGUUCCGCUGAAACUUCUGGCUUGCUCCUCCGAGAAGGCGCUAGUAUCAACAAAAGCCUUUUAACCCUUGGUCAGUGCUUGGAAGCAUUGCGCCGUAAACACGAUGGAAGACAACACAUUAUACCGUUUCGUCAAAGCAAAUUAACCGAACUCCUCUUUCACUCGGGCCAUUUAUCAGGCACUGCUAGAACUUGCAUGCUAGUCAACAUCGAUCCUCUUGGAAGUUUUGAUGAAAAUGCCCAAGUCAUGCGAUAUAGUGCAAAUGCUCGUGAAAUUAUACCUACGCACUCGUCUUAUACCGAGAAUAUUAUGUCUCCGUCAUUCUUGCGUGGUGCUACUCACUCUAAGUCCGCACAAUCUUCUAAUUCGGAAACAAUAUUGUUGCAAUCUGAGCAACUACAGAGAGAAAAUGAAUGUCUUCGACAACUUCUCGCUGAUGCUGACUCUGAGAUGGUAAACUUGGAGUAUGAAAUACGCGAACAAAUGACGCGUGAAAUGGAGGAACGAGUAUCUCAAGUGGAGCAAACAUUUUUAAAUCGAAUGCUUGAGGAAACCGCCCAAGGCAUUGAAUACACAGAUCAAAAAAUCGAAAAAAUGGGCGAAUGGGUCCGGCGAUUACAGCAGGGUAACAAGGAAAAAGAUGAAUGUAUUGCUCAUCUUGAACAUAUCAUUGAAGCAUUGCAAGAAGAGAACAAUAAUAAAGAGACAAAUGCUUUGCAAGAUACUAGCAAUAUACAUUACAUCGAUAACAAUCGUCGUUCUUCUCGUAAACUGCAUUACGAAGAUAAACAAGCUAUAGAGGAAGCUCACAACCUUCACGGCAAAAGAAAACUCUGGCCUGAGCCAACUUUGCUUCAGUCCUCAGAAACAGAGGAAGACGAAGGCGAAGGCAAAACAGAGAUUGCUCCAAAAAAGAAGACGCCAUCUCCGCUUAAGCCUCUUAGUCCUUCGAAGCGACCUCCGAUAACUAAGAUGUACAGUCAGACUGCUGACGUGGAUAUCAACCAACUAUAGUUUUCCUUUUUUAUGAUAAUUUGACGUACUUUAUGAGAGUGUUUGUUUACUUUCAUAUUUAUUGUUUUACACUAAUGAACUCGUAAUUAUGCUUAAAUUGAUUUUGAUGAAUGAAUAAAUGCUGAUUUCUUAUUUGCGUA